AUGGCGAAGGACGGAUUAUUCCGGCUUUCUUGCAUUCUCUCCGUCGUGCUUCUAUCGAUCAACGAUAUAGCAUGCAGUGCCCAGGACGAGGAGAGGAAGGUCUAUAUUGCGUACCUGGGUUCCAUUACGGCUGAAUCGUCGGGAACUUAUUCCCUGGCUUCUCAUCAACUUAGUUUGUUGGAAGAAGUUGUGGGGGGGGAGAGCUCCGCUUCCACUUCCGCUUCCACUUCACUCAUCAGAAGCUACCAGAGGAGUUUCAAUGGUUUUGCCGCAAAACUCACCGAAAAGGAGGCGCAGAAGCUAGCUAGAAAGGAGGAGGUACUGUCGGUGUUUCGGAGCCCAACUUUUCAUGUCCAGACCACGAGAUCCUGGGACUUCAUCGGAUUGCCUGAGACAGCAAAGCGGGAACCAACCAUAGAGGGCAGAACUAUCAUUGGAGUUCUCGACACCGGGGCUUACCCUGAUUUGGAAUCAUUCAGUGACCAAGGCUUCGGGCCCCCUCCUGAGAAAUGGAAGGGAUCAUGCAAGGGCGGCGCUAACUUCACUUGCAACAACAAGCUCAUUGGGGCGCGUUAUUAUGUAUCUACUGAGGAUUCUGCUAUUGAUGGCUCAGGCCAUGGGACCCACACUGCCUCGACAGCUGCCGGCAAUGCAGUAGAAAGGGCUAGCUUGUUUGGACUAGCUAAUGGAACAGCUCGAGGAGGGGUUCCAUCCUCCAGGAUCGCCGUCUACAAGGUAUGUGAUUCACAGGGUAACUGCCAAGGAGAUGGAAUUUUGGCGGCAUUUGAUGAUGCGAUCGCAGAUGGAGUGGACAUAAUCACGGCUUCUCUAGGGGAGCAAGCUAUUCCUUUUGACAAAGAUCCUCUUGCCAUUGGAGCCUUCCAUGCAAUGGCAAAGGGCGUCCUGGUGACUCUAUCUGCUGGAAACAGUGGGCCUGAUGCGGGAACAGUGGGUGCCGUCGCCCCUUGGGUCCUCACCGUAGCAUCUAACUCGUUAGACAGGGAGUUCAUGACCAAACUUGUCCUGGGGGAUGGAACUCUUCUAACUGGCAAUACAGUAAAUCCGUUUCCAUCGAGUUGGAGUAAAUCUGCUCUUUUAUACGGGAAACAGGUUUCCAGCACUUGCAGUGAAGCCUCUGCUAGAUUCUUGGAAAACAAUGGCUGGGCCAAGUUCUAUUCAAUUCGAGAUCUAACCCAUACUAUAUGCCGCUGCAAUUGCAGAGCCUGCGAGGAAGGCUGUUUAGACAUGCAGAAAGUUCUCGGGAAAAUCGUGAUCUGCGAAUGGUUGGGCACGGACGCAGUUUCCAAGGCUGCAGUUUACAAUGCUAGUGGGAUCAUCCUGAAGCAACCGCUAUCUAAAACUUACCCACUUCCAACCGUGGUUCUAGAUGGACCCAGCUUUGAGAUGCUCGUGUCCUACCACAGUUCCGCAAAGAAUCCUCAAGCACGAUUGUUAAAGAGCGAAACCAUUCCAAAUCCUGCCCCCCCUACCGUCGAUACCAUCUCUUCCCGGGGACCAAGUAUGAUCACCCCUGACAUAAUGAAGCCAGAUGUAAGUGCCCCUGGCGUAAAUAUUUUGGCUGCAUUUCCUCCAAAUGUGCCGCCAACCAUGUUUGGCGGGGAAGGGGAUCAUAGGAGUGUGAAGUUCAAUUUACUUUCGGGAACCUCAAUGUCUUGUCCCCAUGCUGCCGGUGCAGCAGCAUACGUUAAAACAUUUCAUCCCGAUUGGUCUCCUUCCGCCAUUAAGUCCGCUCUAAUGACAACCGCUUCGAAACUACAGGAUACUAUUACCAAUAAAGACCCCUCAGGACGUGAAUUUUCUUAUGGUUCAGGACAAAUCAAUCCCGUUAAGGCCGUUGAUCCAGGCCUAGUUUAUGAAAUCACGAAGGAUGACUAUGUAAACUUACUGUGCAGCUUGGGCUAUGAUAUAAGAAGCAUAGAUAGCAACAGCACUUGCCCCAGGGGAGCCAAGAACAUCACAGAGGCAGAGCUCAACUACCCUUCUCUUAUUUUCAGAGCGCCAGACUCGAAGCCCUUCAAGUUGGCGCUCAACAGGACCGCCACAAAUGUCGGGUUUCCGAACUCAACCUAUAAGGCGGAAGUUGUUAACUCCUCCAACGCCAUUAACAUAACUGUGGUCCCGGAGGUCCUUUCCUUCAAAUCCGUCUCCGAGAAGAAGACUUUCACUGUCGAGAUUACUGGGAGUGGGUUAAAAUCAGGUACACAGUUGUCGGAAGAGUUUGCGUGGUACGACAGCGUGCACAGUGUUAGGAGCCCAAUCAUUGUGUACGCAGAAUAACAAUAAGGAAAAAUAUACGUUUAUGAAUUAGUUUCUUUCAUUCUAAGAA